UAUCGCUUAAAUUGUCAACAGAAGACGCCAUCUUGGUACGCCGCGCACCUUCAGUUCGGGACCACAGUGGGUUACCCCAAAAUUAGAGACAUUUUUGAUUCUCAAUGCUCCGAAAGUGUGUCUAAUUUAUAAGGGAAAUGAGUCAGUAUAUUCAAGUCGCAGAGGAGGAGGGCGAAGAGCCUAUGGAAGUCCCGAGCGAAGACGACGGAACUCUCUUGCUGUCUACCCUGUCAGCUCAGUUUCCUGGUGCCUGUGGUUUGAAAUACAGAAAUCCCGAUACCGGUGCUAUGCGAGGCAUACGACUUUCAGACGGGAGAUUAUAUCCACCUGAUACGGAAUGGGCGAACAGGAUUUAUGUUGCUGUGUUUCCAAAAUCUGAAAACAAAAAGAAACCUCAUGCAACAGCUGUAGACCAAGAACCAAUCAAUGCAGACAAUGCUGUCAUUAACAGGAAGAAAAUGUAUGACAAAAAGAGAUGCAGUGACCUUAUUGUCCUGGGGUUACCAUGGAAAAGUACAGAAGAAGACCUGAGAAAAUACUUUUCAAAUUUUGGGGAACUUUUAAUGGUCCAGGUGAAGAAAGAUCCUAAAAGUGGACUAUCUAAAGGUUUUGGUUUCAUUCGGUUUGGCGACUAUGAAUCACAAGUUAAAUGUAUGACACAGAGGCAUAUGAUUGAUGGAAGAUGGUGUGAUGUUAGAAUACCAAAUUCAAAGGAAAAUGCCCAACAAAUGAUGAACAGAAAAGUGUUUGUGGGAAGAUGUACUGAUGACAUGACCGCUGAAGAUUUACGUCACUAUUUUUCUAAAUAUGGAGAAGUAGUAGACGUAUUUAUACCUAAGCCAUUCAGAGCAUUUGCCUUUGUAACAUUUGCUGACCCUGAAGUCUCACAAAGCCUUUGUGGAGAAGAUCACAUCAUAAAAGGGGCAAGUGUACACAUCAGCAGCGCUGCACCGAAGAACUACGAUCGUCAAAAUGACAAGAAAGUAAUCAACCAGCCAGCUUACAGCCAUGGAUACAACCCAAAUCACUGGAGUCAAGGAGGACGGGGAGCAGCCCAGGCUAUUGCUACUCAGCCUAGUCCCAUACCUGCAGGGAAUAUACCAAACAAUCUAGGACUAAGUAACCUCAGUUUAGGAGCUUUCCAAUUGAACCCUGCAAUGCUAGCAGCUGCCCAGGCCAUGUUGAGUGGGCAAGGUGGAUGGGGGCCAGUAGGACUUGUCAGUCAAACUGGGGCCACGCCUGCUGUGGGAGGAACACCAAUCGGCACAACACAACCAGGUGGAGGUGAUUCGUCCAGUCAGACCAGUGUACAGAGCUUUGGGAGUAUAGGAAGUAACAGUCAAGGUACAGCAGCAACCGGUGUUCCUGUUAGUGCAAACAGCUUUCUUGGUUGGGGCAGCUCUCAGGGGAGUGAACCAGGCAGCAGUCCAGGUGUGGGAGGGUGGGGCACACCCCAAAGUAAGCCAGGUGGCGCAUGGAACUGAUUGUAUGUACAGAUAUGUGGUGUGAUUGAGAAUUUUUUUAUCAUGAAAGUUAAUUUAGAUAACCAAAAUCUAUUGACAAAUACAUUAACCCUGCUGAAGAACACUGCCAAAACUGACCAAAUCAUCCCUUAUAUCAUUUUCUAUUUUUCUUAUCUUUUUCUUUGCCUCUAUGCUUUGAAUAAUGGUGCCAUCAAUUUUGUAAUGUUUGAUUUUAGAGAAAAAAAAUAACUAAAAGACAGUCAGUUGUUUUUAGGAUUAAACAUCUAGACUUGAAAAAUUCUAAACUUAUAUAUUCUGAUAAUCAAUCAAGUAUAAAUAGAAACAUGUGUACAGUUCAUUAACUAGUGAAAUAAAUCACAUUUGUCAUAGAAAUAAAUGGCAGGGUAAAUGUUUGUCAAUUUAUAUGUGGUUAGUAUGUAGGAUACAAGGAUUUUAUUAUGAAUUAUGUAUAUUUUUUAAGUACGAUUGUUAGCCCUGGAUCAAGGUACUAGAUGAUUUUUGUCUGAUUUUAAGUCACGACAGUAUGACUUCUGCUUUUCACAAAAAUAGUGCUUUUUAAUCAUUCUUUAUUGUAAAUUGAGUUAUCCCCCUUUGAAAGUAAGUCAUCUAAAUGUCUGGCAUAAUAUUCAUUAGCACAUGUAGUAAUAUG